CCAUACAAGGUCGUGGCUGUGCACUGCAAUCUGCCGAGUGGCAGCAUUAUUUUUGUUCAGUGGGGUCCUGUCUUGUCUGCUGUGCCUGGAUUCUCACUCGCUUCUCAUUUUUUGGGAUUUUGCCCGUCUUACAACUUUUCCUGCAAACUCUGACUUUUGGCUGCAAAAAGAGAGAGAGAAAGGGGUCCGAGGGACAAUCAUAAAGCACGCUCAGGAUGUCAGGAUCCUUGGAAGUACGAAAGGAGCAGCAGCAACAGCAACGGAACCUUGAGACUCGCUAUGAGAGCAGCUAUCACCAAAGCUCUCUAUCAUCUGUUAGCCACCAGUCUUAUGCUGCCCAUGUGAGCAGCCAUGGGGUCAAGACAUCGACCAAGAAGAAGGAGAAGAAGAUAAGCUCAGUCUCCAAAAAAGACAAGCGGGCUCGCCUGGCAGUGGACACAGAAGAAGAGGUCAUUGGAUACGUUGUACCAGUCUUUAGAAGCAGUCAUUUAGCCACAAAGGAGCUGAUGGAGAGCCAGGAGGAGGUGAAGGAAGAGGGCGUGGGGUAUGUCGUCAUGAGAAACCUGUUCUCCAAGGAUACCGAAUUUAAGACGAGAACUUACAAGAAGACCCGCGAGACCAGUAUAAGAGAGUCUGCCGAACGUCUAUCUCUGAGCAGAAAGAUACAUGAGAAAGAUGAAUUCCAGAGGAGGAUGAAUACAGACAGUUUGACUCACCCGCCAGAGUUUAUCGUGAAACCACGUGGCCAGACCGUUUGGGAGGGAACGAAUGUGACGCUGCACUGCACUGUAGCCGGAUGGCCCAAACCCCGCGUGGCCUGGUACAAAAACAAUGUUGUGAUCGAUGCAAAGGCUCACCCUGAGAAAUACAUCACAGAGAGCCAAUACAACAUGCACUCUCUGGAAAUCAAGAACUGUAAUUUUACUGACACUGCUGAGUAUCGGAUCUCUGCUCUCAAUAUAAAAGGAGAAAGUUCUGCUUUUGCCUCUGUCAUCAUUAAAAGGUUCAAGGAAGAAGAAAAGGUGAUUGAAAGGCCUCAUGGUUACAGUCCCGAAUAUGGCGUCACUUUCAACACCACCAUCAUUGACAAGUUUGGCGUUUCAUUUGGCCGUGAGGGAGAGACCAUGAGUUUGGGAUGUACGGUCAUUGUCUACCCCAAUGUCAAGCGCUAUCAGCCAGAUAUUGUUUGGUACAGAAAUGGUGUUGCCCUGUCACCUUCUAAAUGGGUGACCAUGCAUUGGAGUGGAGAGCGAGCCACUUUGACCCUUGUGCACCUCAACAAAGAAGACGAGGGUCUUUACACCCUGCGUGUCAACACUAAGUCAGGCUUCGACACUUAUUCUGCCUAUGUUUUUGUGAGAGAUGCUGAUGUGGAGGAGGAGGGGGUUCCAGUUGCUCCUCUUGAUGUACGUUGCCAUGACGCUAACAAAGAUUAUGUGGUUGUCACCUGGAAGCAGCCAGCGGUGGAGGGCAGCAGUUCCAUCAUGGGCUACUACAUUGACAGGUGCGAGGUUGGCACUCAUCACUGGGCUCAGUGUAAUGACACUCCAGUAAAAUAUGCCCGUUUCCCCGUCACUGGGCUUAUUGAGGGACGCUCCUACGUAUUUAGGGUGCGUGCCUUCAAUAGCGCUGGCGUGAGCCACCCGUCUCGUCCCUCUGACCCCGUAGUUGCCAUGGACCCUUCAGAUCGUGCUCGUCUCAGAGCUGGUCCCUCUGCUCCAUGGACUGGAAUGAUCAAAUUCACAGAGGAGGACCCCACAGUGGGGGUGGUCCCUGGUCCACCCACUGACCUGGCUGUCACUGAAUCUACCAAGAGUUACGUGGUACUGAGCUGGAAACCACCUGUGCAAAGAGGACAUGAGGGUGUCAUGUAUUAUGUGGAGAAGUGUAUGGAGGGUGCUGACACCUGGCAGAGGGUAAACACCGGUAUGCCAGUGAAGUCUCCCCGCUUUGCCCUCUUUGACCUCGCGGAGGGAAAAUCCUACAACUUCCGUGUCCGCAGCUGCAACUCUGCUGGUGUUGGGGAGCCAUCGGAAGAAACUGGAGCAACUACUGUGGGAGACAGACUGGACCUGCCCUCUGUUCCAGGGCCUAUAGUUCCCAUCAGAAGCACUGAGACAUCUGUGGUAGUGAUCUGGGGGGCAUCCAAAGAGGUUAAGAAUCUGGUGGGCUAUUAUAUUGAGGUCAGCGUCAAUGGCAGCGGCAUUUGGGUUCCCUGCAACAACAAGCCAGUCAAAGGCACUAGGUUUGAAUGCCACGGGCUGAACACUGGAGACAAAUGUGUGUUUAGGGUGAAGGCUGUGAACGCGGCUGGAUACAGUCAAAGCACUGCUGAGUCUGAGGCCUGCAUUGUGCAGGCAGCAAUUGCCACCCCGAGCGCUUCUACUGGUUUGACACUGCUGGAGAGUGCCCGAGACUACAUGGUGCUGGGAUGGACAGCUCCUGCUAAUAAUGGUGGAGCUGAGGUCAGAGGUUACUAUCUGGACUAUAGAACAGUUAAAGACGGAGUCACAAGCAAGUGGCAUGAGCUUAACCUUAAGCCAGUCACCACCACAUCUUAUAAGGUGACAGACCUGAAGGAAAACAGUUUCUAUCAGUUCCAGGUGCGUGCAUUUAACCAGGCUGGUCUAGGUGAAGCCUCCAAACCUGGUGUCCCCUUGGAAUGCAAGGAAUGGACUGUUGCCCUUCCAGGCCCUCCUCACGGCCUACAUGUUCUGGAAGUUCGCAAGGACUCCUUGGUGCUUCUGUGGGAACCACCAACGUUCAACGGUCGCAGUCCUGUGACUGGAUAUUACGUAGACUUCAAAGAGGAGGAUGGCAGAUGGAGAUGUGUCCAAGAAAGAUCCACAAAACAGACUUUCCUAAAGGUGACAGGUCUUCAAGAGGGUGUUGCCUACAAGCUGCGUGUUCAUGCAAAGAAUAUUGCAGGCGUUGGCGGACCCUCAAAGUCGACUGAUGCUAUUUUAGCUCAGACUCGCCCUGGAACCAAAGAAAUUGUGGUGGACGUGGAUGACGACGGAGUGAUCUCUCUGAUCUUUGAGUGCUCUGACCUUAAAGAGGGUUCUAAGUUUAUGUGGUCUAAAAACUAUGAAGCCUUCACUGACUCUUCACGUCUUACUAUUGAGACGAGUGGUGGGAGGUCUAGAGCCAUCUUUAAUAAUCCCUCACUGGACGACCUGGGCAUUUACUCUUGUGUGGUAACCAACACUGAAGGAGUCUCGGCCAGCUACGAGCUAACCGAGGAAGAACUUAGGCGCUUGUUGGACAUCAGCCAUGACCACAAGUUCCCAAUAAUUCCCUUCAAAACCGAAAUGGCCGUUGAGCUUCAGGAGAAGGGACGUGUGCGCUUCUGGGCCCAAGUCGCCAAGUUCACAUCUAACUGCCAAGUGGAGUAUGUUUUCAACGAUAAUAUCAUCACUCACGGAAAGAAGUACACAAUGAACUUUGACAAGAAUACUGGGAUGAUUGAAUUGUUCAUGGACUCGCUAGAAAUCACUGAUGAAGGAACCUACACAUUUAAUCUUGUUGAUGGCAAAGCAACCGGUCGCACCAGCUUAGUGCUUAUUGAAAAUGAGUUUGCAGAACUUCAGAAGAAGUCUGAGUUUGAGAGAGCGGAGUGGGUCAGAAGGCAAGGUCCUCACUUCGUAGAGUAUCUCAGUUUCGAGGUCACCCCACAGUGUGACGUGCAUCUGAAGUGCAAGGUUGGAAACAUCAAACCUGCUACUGAAAUAAGCUGGUAUAAGGAUAAAAUUGAGAUUGCAGAGGAAGAUGAGGAUGCGAAGAAGAUUGGAAAAUCUGCUGACGAAUUGAUCUUUGACAUUGGCAAGCUUGUUAUUAAGAGCGAAAAAGAAACAGAGAAAGAACGGAAAAAGAAACCCACCACCGAGGAAAUCCCAAGCAAGCCAAAAAUUUCCAAGAAAGAUGCGGGAGUAUAUGAAGUCUAUUUGCAGGAUGAAAGAGGAAGAGACCAAACUUUGCUCAAUCUGACAGAAGCAGGUUAUCAAGCAGUGCUGAACGCAGUGUUUAAAGUUAUUGCCAACUCCUCUACUGAGCUCAAGGUUAUGAGCACAGAACAUGGAAUCAUUGUGUACUCCGAUGUUGUGCAUUAUCUUGAAGAUCUCCGUGUUGGCUGGCUUCACAAAGAGUCAAAGAUCUCCCAAUCAGAAAGAGUGAAAAGUGGAGUCACUGGGGAACAGCUGUGGCUUAAAAUUAAUGAGCCCACAGAGAAGGAUAAGGGCAAAUAUGCCCUUGAUAUCUUUGAUGGCACAGGCAGCGUCAAGAGGGUUCUUGACCUGACAGGACAAGUAUGGGAGGAGGCAUUUGAGGAAUUCAAGAGGCUGAAAGCGGCAGCCAUAGCAGAGAGAAACCGCGCUCGUGUGGUGGGUGGCCUGCCAGAUGUAGUCACCAUUCAGGAGGGCAAGUCCCUGAACCUCACUGGCAACGUAUGGGGUGAUCCUGUUCCUGAGGUCAGCUGGAACAAGAAUGACAAACCGCUGGUGUGUGAUGACCAUAUCAAGCUGAAGUUCGAGAACGGCAAGUUUGCCAGCAUCACCAUCGCUGCUGUCUCGACAGCUGACUCUGGGAAAUACGCCCUGCUGGUAAAGAACAAGUACGGCACGGAGGCAGGAGAGUUUACUGUCAGUGUCUACAUCCCAGAGGACGAAGCGGAGAAGAAGGAGUAAAGAGGGGUUUAACUAAUGAUCAGUAUAUCUUCCAAAGCUUUUCAUUCAAAGCAUGCCCAGUAUAAUAUUAUUUAUAUAUGGGAUAUCUAUUUAUCUUUGUAAUCAAACACACCAUUGCAAAAUUAGAGCUUGCGUGAAGAGGGUCACUUAGGCCUGAUCUUACUAUAAUGAUUUAUUACAUUAGCCUCCCCAUGGGUUCAAAUCUUUUUAACUGUGGCUUACUAUUGCACUAUAAACAUUUAGGUCAGGAACCUGUGAUGUCGAGGUUUUAACCAAAGUGAAUUUCAAAACCAGGGUAAGGUAUGACCACUUUGAAACACAGACAACCCAUGAUUAUGGUAAAAUGAAUAGUUCUCCUUUUCAGAUUUAUAAUGGCAUUGGAUAGUGCCCCAUUUUUAAUGGUCGAUAAAGCACAUCAAUAUAUCAAAAACAAAUCUGUACGGUUAUUAAAUGUCUUCAGAGGCAAAGCGAUGGGUUUUUGUAUUGUAACAUUUAUACUUUAAAAUUUAUAAACUACAGCCGGACGUGUGUUCACAAAAGAGCUAAGGUAAGGAGGAAGGCUGACCUCUGACCCAACGUUACAAAAACCAAUCACUUAAGAAGAAAUUGUAUGGACUAAAAAUAGGGCAUCAUCCAAUGCCAUUAUAAAGCUGCCAGGAUAUUAUUUUAUACUUCCAACUUUGUUUGGUUGAAAAAAGAAGUCAUAUAUACACUUAGUACACCUUGUGUAAAUUAUGGGCUAAUUUUCAUUUUAAUGUGAACUAUUUCUUUAAGUCUGAAAUACCCGUCAUCACAGUGUACCCAGCAAAAUAAACCAAUAAGAUUGGCAUGAUUUGAAUUGAAAAGCUUUGAGUGUUGUUUUAUUUCUAAGCAUAAACUGAAACAUAGCAGUGCAAAAUGAACAUGUACCUGUGCUGUGUCUCAUUUGAAUUAAAAUGUGUUGUUUCUGGUG